AUGCCCGUAGAUGUUGGUUUCGCCAAGGAAGUGCGAAUUCCAAAAAAACCUCUAGAAUUUUUAUUACCAUUUUAUGAUCCAGAUGAAACUACGGUAGUGAAAGUCCUGAAAGAACACGAAAAUCGGUUAUAUGUAGCGUUUCUCGCCGGCUUAGAGACGUCGCUUCACAGGAAAGAUAUCUGUUUAUACAAGAAUGGUAAACGUUGUUACCAAAAGUACUUAAAAAGAAAACGCCGGAUAGUAGAUGAUGACAGCGAUUAUGAUGUGAAUAGUCAUGAGGCGAUGAAGCAAGAUAGUUCGCAUACUAGACAACAAUCUACCAAUUCCGUUCGAGAUUCAUCAAGAAGUUCGUGCAGGUCUUCUUCCUCAGAACGAUCGAGUAGUCAAGGUGCAGACCUUUUUGCAUCUGCAUCGCCGAAAACAGAAAAUGAUGUCCGGAGCCGUAAAAACUUGCGGAAACAAACCUAUCAGUCAAUUAGCAAACCAAAAUUGGAUUUGUUUCAAGAAUCCUCUUCCGAUGAAGGUGUUGAUAUCUCUUUCCAAAUGCCUGAUUAUUCAGACGAUUCUGCUUUAACUCAGAGUUCGGUGAAGCCGAUUCCUUUAAUACUGAAUGCUUUUGCUAAAUUCACGCAUACGUCGGCGUGUACUAAGUGCCAUCAUCAUGAGGGUAAAGACGAUAAUCGAAAAUUUAUUUACUGUAAAACCUGCACAAAUACCUUUCACGUGGAAUGCUCAGGAACGUCAACCUUAACUAAAAUUCGCCAAGAUGAAAUUGCUGUCGAGGGUUACUCUUGCUCUUCUUGUUCAAAGUCCUCUUCUCUUUUACUUUUAAAUAAUUGUAUUUUAUCGGGAUAUGGAUUGAACGAUACUCUGGACAUUCCGUCUACUUUUUCUUCCGCAAAUGAUAAUCUUCGUUUAGUUUCCUAUACCAAAAACGUAAGGUUUCGUUGUUGGCGUUGCAAAAGAGUCUUGUAUUUUUUCUAUUAUGAUCAAAACCCCAAGACAUUUGCAUCAUCGAUUCAAAAAUUAUUACGACGACGAUUAUGUGAUGAGUGUGUCUCCUAUUCGGAAGAUGUGGAAGAAGUACUUGCAUGGCGUCUUCUUUUACCCAUUUCUUUAUUAAAAGAUAAACCGGUGAAGAAUCCCUUAUCACUAGAUCGUCCUGGGAUUUGGUCCAGAGAGUAUUAUGUUCGGCCUAAAAACCACUCAUAUCUUCAUUGUUUUUGGUGUUCUGCUUCUUGGUUAGCCGGCGUUUCAAACGCAAAAAAGCGAAAUUUUGAUUCCCGAGAAACAGACCCUCAUAACGGAUCUCUUGAAAUUAUACCUCCUUCCCAUAUAACAAUUGACAAGGUUUGGGAUGUGCAAUACAAAAUUCCGCGAAAAUUUAAGUCUAAAGAAAAACAAAUGCAGGCAUUAGCAAAAGUUGAUAAAGCUUAUGUUUCAUGGCGUGGGUUACCUUAUUCAAUGUCUUCUUGGGAGUUUCUAGGUGAUAUCAAUAGUUUUGAUCGAUGGAAAGCUUGGAAAGAGGGCUAUUCUGAUUACGUUAGAACUUGUUGGAUAGAGAAGUCUUCUAAAUCUGGCUUAAGUAAGGAUACUGACUUCAAUCAACUAGAAUUAACUGAGCAACCCUCCUAUAUAUUUGGAGGCAAGCUUAUGCCCUACCAGUUACAAGGUGUGAAUUGGUUAUACUUUCAUUGGGUUCAACGACAACAUUGCAUUUUGGCUGAUGAAAUGGGUUUAGGUAAAACCGUACAGAUAAUUUCCUUUAUUAGUGUGUUGUAUCACAGACAUCAUUGCUUUCCUUUCCUUAUUGUUGUCCCUCAUGCAACUGUAGCUAAUUGGGAGCGUGAGUUUCAUAAAUGGGACUCGUCUUUGUUGAUUGCGACAUUGGUUGGAUCUGAGCGUAAUAGAGACAUUGUUCGUGAAAACAGAAUUUACCGAAACGAUAAUGCCGAUGGUAUAAGAACACACGUUCUCAUUGUUAGCACGAGUUGCGUUGACAGUGAAAUCAGUCUUUUAAGGAAGUUUCGUUGGCAAUGCAUGAUUAUUGAUGAAGGGCAAAGAUUGAAGAGUGAUCAAUCUUCUUUGUUUAAUGAUCUCAUUUCAAUAGACGCUACUUUUAAGGCAUUACUCACAGGCACACCGUUACAAAACAACAUUAGGGAACUAUUCAAUUUGUUACAGUUUUUGAAUCCGGAGGAAAUUGAUGCUUCUGAAUUAGAGAGACAGUAUCAAAAUAUUGAUGAAAAAAAAGUAACUGAGCUUCACCAAAUGUUGAAGCCUUUUUUUCUUCGCAGAGUUAAAGAAGAAGUUUUAGACAAACUUCCUCCAAAGAUUGAAGUGAUCGUACCGCUCACAAUGACUCCUCUUCAGAAAAGACUUUAUAAAUUAAUUGUCUCGAAAAAUGUUGAUCUAAUUCAGAGUAUUGUUUCUAGGAGCAAUACGAAAUCAAACUCCAAGAAUACACGUGCUUCUUUAAGCAAUAUAUUGAUGCAACUUCGAAAAACCUUAGCCCAUCCUUAUCUUUAUUCAGCUGACGUUGAAGUAAAAGAGGUCCCGGAAGAACUAAGUAUCCGCUCUCUUGAGGAAGCCAGCGCAAAAAUGCUUUUACUUCGGCUUUUACUUCCAAAACUAAUUAUGCGUGGCCAUAGAAUUCUUAUUUUCUCACAAUUUAUUCUAGAAUUGGAUAUCCUUGAAGAUUGGAUGGAUCAUAAAAAUAUAUCGUACUCUAGGUUUGACGGUACGACAACAGAACAUGAUAGACAAGUAGAAAUUGAUUCAUUCAAUGCCCCGAAUUCGAAGAAAAGUUGUUUUCUUUUAACCACCAGAGCUGGUGGUGUUGGAAUUAAUCUAGCUUCGGCGGACACGGUUAUAAUAUUGGACCCUGACUUUAAUCCUCAUCAAGAUAUGCAAGCUGUAGCAAGGGCUCACCGCUAUGGUCAAGAUAAGAAAGUUUUUGUUUUCAGUUUAAUUAUUAGAAACUCAGCUGAAGAAAAAAUUUUACAAGCUGCACAGAAAAAGAUGUUACUGGAUCGAAUUAUUGUACAAUCAAUGAGAGAGAACAAUGAAUCAGUCAUCGAUCUUCAUGAAGUUCUACAACAUGGUGUUCGCGCCCUUUUUGAAGAGAAUGAGGACAUCCAGGCUAUCCGUUAUGAUGAAGAAUCCGUGGAAAAUUUGAUUACUGAUGCGGAACAGAGGGAUGUAUCUCCUAAUAGAGACUCAGAGAGUAAUAGUACUAAUGGUUUCGGGUUUGCUCGUGUUUGGGUAAACAAUAAGGAAAACAUCACGGUUCCAGGAACAGAUAAUCUAUUUAAGAAUGACUCGACGAUACAGGAUGAUGAUAUUUGGUCAGACAUAUUAAGACAACGAGAGCGGGUCACUCCAAAUAGCUCGUUUUCUGACAACGAUGGUCGGAAACUUAGGCAACGAAAAACAAUCAUGUAUGAAGAAGGUGGUUUUAUUACCAGUUCGGAUGAAGAGUAUAAUGCAAGUAAUGUCUCAUCCGAUGAAUCUGAUUCCUCUGAUAUUUCGAUGGCUACUUCAGAGCAGGCUGAGGGACAGAUGGUUAACAAGCAACAUAACCCACCGUUAUCAAUUACCAAAACUGGUCAGCCAGAAUUAGCUUCUGAAAAGUUUUCUAAUGAAUGGAGUAGGAUGAGAGCUUUGUUAGCUGAAUAUCCAUCUUACGAGACGUAUGACUUUAACGCAUGUAUUCGCUUGAAGGCAGCUUCUAGUUUUAUGCUUUUUAAUGAUCACAAUGCAAACGGUAGUUGGGAGCCUCUGUAUGCUAGGAACGUUAAGAUAAAUGACCAUCCUUCUGCGAAAAAGGAUUUGCUAAUUGCCAAUAGCAUCCCAAAGUCUGUUUUCUACAAUUAUUUAGCUGGUUCUUUCGAUGAUUCAAGUGAUACUUGCAAGUGUUGUGGGAUUGAACAUGUCCCAGGUCGGUGUCCUUUGAACAGGAUACCCUUAGAGAUUUGCUUUCUUUGUGGUACUCCUCACUUCAGUGGUAAGGAAACUUGCCCUUUACUCAAAGACAAAACAACAGUCAAGAUCUUGAGAAAUUUGUUAGCAAAUUCUCGAGAGCCAUUAUUAACGAAGUUGCUGGCUCUCAAAAGGCUGAAUGACUAUUUGUAUGAGAAGGAUGGAUCAUCUUCAUAG